CGUGUGGUCUAUUCAUGUGGUAUUCUGCGAUUUGCUGGCAAAUUCAAGACGUUGCACCGCCACCAACCAAAAGGGGUGACGUUCAUCGUUUGUUGGUUAUGGUAGUUAUUACAACCGUCCGCGAGUGUCACUUUCAUAAAAAAGUGAAGAUCCACUCGAUCCUAAUUUAUCAUGAACACGUAACACCGAGUCGAGUGAUGUAUAGUCUGUACAAAGCAUGAGAAAACAGUGGAGCUACUUUGCAUUCCUAGGAUGGUUGGCCUACCUCAUGAUAGCAGGGCUCAUCCUAUUCACUCGAGGUUUUCUCCUCACUCGAAUAUCACGACUGGAGGUUGGACAGUGUGACAUCAGGCUAAAACCCUGUGGCUUUGAGCCGGGGGAUAAAUGCAGCGGAGGUAUCGACUACAAGGAACUGUUUAGCGACCAGGAGACAGCGGCUAAAACAUGCCUCGGUACACAAGCCAGGGUCGUACUGCUCAUGGUCGACGCUUUGCAAUACGAGUUUCUGGUGUGGAACGACAAUCUAACUCCAGAAAAUACUUCUUACCACCAAAAUAAGGUACCUGUUGUCAAGGAUGCCUUGAAAAAAUACCCGGACACAACCAGGUUUUACAAAUUCAUUGCGGACCCACCGACAACCACAAUGCAACGUCUCAAAGGUUUAACGACCGGAUCAUUGCCAACCUUCAUCGAUGCAGGAUCAAACUUUGCCACCGAGGAGAUAAACGAGGAUAAUAUCAUUGACCAGGCAUCCUCCCAAGGCAUUGUAUUCAUGGGAGACGAUACUUGGAUGGGUUUGUACCCUGGCAGAUUCAUGAGACAUUUUCCUUAUCCCUCGUUUAAUGUAUGGGAUUUGGAUACCGUCGACGACGGAGUGAGACAACAGAUUUUUAUUGAAUUAAAAAAGACUGAUUGGUCUCUCCUUGUCGCUCACACUCUUGGAGUUGAUCACUGCGGCCAUCGAUACGGUCCGAAUCACCCGGAAAUGAGCCGAAAGUUAACUGAAACGAACGACCUUAUAGAGAAGGUGAUUGCGACUCUUCAGGAUGAUAUGAUGCUGAUCGUUGUCGGUGAUCACGGCAUGACUAGUACAGGCGACCAUGGUGGGGAUAGUAAGUCUGAGGUUGAGGCAGCGAUGUUUGUUUAUUCGAAAAUUCCUCUGUUGGGUAAAAAAUUUGCAAAAAAUAUCAAUGAAGUGCAUCAGAUUGACUUAGUGCCAACUCUGUCGUCGAUUCUGGGUAUCCCUAUACCUUUUUCCAAUUUGGGAACAACCAUAUUGGAUGUUUUGCCUCGUAACUUUCACAAAAAUACAAAUCUCAAUGAUUUUCAAUAUGCCUUACAUUCUCUCUGGAGCAACAUUGUCCAGACUAAGAACUACAUCGAUACUUAUUCUUCUGAGAGUUCCUUGUUUCCUCGUGACAAAUUGGAGAUUAUUAGCCAACGAUAUCAGGUCAUUCAUGGGCGCAUUAAACACGUUGAGAAUUUCGAGGAAUUUCAGUCUUUCGUUAAUGACGCCAAGUCUUAUUUGGCAACGAUAAGAGACAUGUGUGUUGAAAUUUGGGUACAAUUUGAUUCGUCUUUAAUGUCUAAGGGUCUAGUUAUCACCUUUUCAACAAUCUUUUUUUCAUACAUGAUAGUUGAGGGUAUUCCUAGAUACCGUAUGCAUGACAUUUUUGAAUCCAGUUUUUUGUAUACCUCUGCUCUCGUUAAUGUUGCAACAUCUGUUCUAGUUGGUGCUCUGUACUUUUUUAAAAUAAUUGAAGAUGUGGAAAAUAUCACUCUCUUUGCCACCAGUAUUGUCUCAGCUUUCAUGUUUGCCGUAUUGGUUGUACAGAAUUGGUUGAUUAUUUGUAUGAAUUGGUACAAAAAGUGCAAGAGUCGGAAAUGGCUGAACUUCACUUCGAAACUUAUUUUACUCUUAUCUAUAUGCGGACUUUUCUCAAAUAGCUACAUUAUAGAAGAAGCUCUUGUCUUAUCCUUUCUUCUAACUACUCUUAUUUGGCUACUUAUACUGAACAUCAAAAGUAGCAAAAAUGAAAUUUCAGAAAAGAAGUCCAAGUCAGGGUUAAGAACGUAUUCUUCCACAGUUUGGAUAGUUUUGGUAUUAUUAGGUUUAAUAGCGACUUGUUUUGUUAGAUUUUCACGCUAUUUCUGGUCCUGUCGAGAAGAACAGCACCGCUCAUGUACUUUCAAUGAAUUAAGAAAACCAGGAGCAAGCGUGUUACAGAGUACAGGGCGCAUUGUCGUUAUUGUAACUCUAGUAAUAAUAGCAUUGUUCAUAUCGUUGGCUAGAAUUUGGCUGCACAGCUGUGGCAAUUUGGUAGGAUUUUCACCCAACGUAACAGCGGCGCGAUAUUUUCCUGGGAUAAUAGUCGUCUGCAUGGGCGGAUACUGGGUACUUCAACAUCUUCCAAAAGAUGCUAAAGUAAAAUUUGCCAGACCGUGGCAAGUGAAUAUGCUAACUUGGGUAGUUUAUUUUUGUAUCACCGUUGGAAUAUUCUGCGUUUACCUAUUUCCGCUGUACGUAUAUCUUUUGCCGAAGAAAAAAGAGUCGUUGAACGUUUACGGCAAAGAGAACAUCAUACCCCAAUUGUUUAAUGGAAUGAAGGGACUAAUUUGUCGAAAAAAAGAACACGAGGUUGAAUCUGUGCCUGUUGUUUACGGAUUGGGAACAACUUAUAGCGCUACUUUCAUCACGCUGAGUGUCUUCUUGACUCUUUUGUGCGCUCUACUGCUGGGCGAUACCUUAGCACCAUCAAUUGUCAUCAUGUAUAUCGUUUGCAUCUGCGUAUUAGGAAUCACGGCGAUAGAAAGAUACCAGCAUGCAACAAAUAUCAAUGAGCUGUUCGAAGUUCCGACUCCAUCUUUGCUCUGCUGGUUUCUGAUAUCUGAGUAUUUCUUUUACGCAACUGGCCAUCAACCAACUUUUCCUAAAAUCCACUGGAACGCUGCAUUUGUUGGUACUAGUGGAAUUUUUCAAACAAAUGUUCUGCCAGCUGUGCUUAUAGGAAUAAAUACGUUUGGUUCGCACAUUUUAUUGGGAGUAAUGCUACCCCUGAUAGUAAUGGCUCCCUUCACGAUUUAUUUCAUUUUUCCCAACAUUGCUGGAAGUAAAGCUCAGUCGCAGAAGGAUCUUAGGAGAGGUGAACUACUGCUUUACGAGUCUGAUAACAGUCUGCUUACCACAGUAUUCUCAGUUUCUGCAAAAUAUGUUCUGUUUCAUGGAAUUCGCAUGUUUGGAUGCAUGUUGGCUGCGACGAUGCAUUGCAGACAUUUAAUGGUCUGGAAUGUGUUUUCCCCAAAAUUGAUAUUCCAGGGGUUAUCGUUCCUUGUAACAACAGGUAGCGUCAUGGUAUCAUUUUUGUUAUUAAUUAGGUUACACGAUCAGGUCGACAAGUUGUGUAGGCGAAUUUCUAAGAGUAGGUGAUAGUAAUUUAAAUAUUUAUUUUUCGCUUCACAGUGAUCGCCUAAUGAUAGGUAACGGUACACUUUUAAUGUGUACUGUCUUGCGAUAUUUGAUACGAAAAUAAUUAUACUCAAGAGCUUUAAAUACGCUGACGUAAACGUGUUAAUUUAUCGUUAAAUGAUUCUAGAAAUAUAUUUUUAUUGUGCUAUGAACAGUUUCGUAGAUUGUAGAUAAAUAGGGAAUAUUGUUUAUAGAAAAUGAUAAAAUGCUCAAAGGGCGCGUAUAACGUUUGCAGAAUUUAAUUGACGAUUCCGUAUUCCUACGUGCAUAGAGGUUGGCUGUUAGAUUUGUAUUCAAUCGAAUCUUAUCUCACUCCUUGUUUCAAAAUCUCACAAAUUAUAGGAAUUAGGAAUAAUUACGUAGAAUUUGUUACAUGCUUGUAUUCAUAUAAUAGUUGGACUAGCAUUAAUACUAGAGUCUGAAGUACACAUAUAUUGUAAGCUGAGAAGUAUUAACUCUAUUUAAAUUUACCUUAUUAGUACUUUUUAAAAAUCGACACAGUAUUUCUACUGAACAAUUUAAUUUAUUGCAUUAUCGUUUUAUAUUUUAUCAUAAGUUGAUCAAGUUCAUUUUAAAUCGCUAGUCAACAUUGCGAAUUGUUACUACGUAAUGUCAGUUUCUUUUUCUAAGUUAAUAAAUUGUCAACGGUUGAUUUUUGGUCUACAGUGAAUAUCGUACGUUAUAUUAACGUCGUUGCUUACAGCGUGAUAUUUCA